UUAAAAUCUUCGGCAUCGUCUCUGCACUCGAAAUGUAACGCAGCAGUGGACUAGAAAACGCUCCUUAUACUCUCUCUCUCUCUCUCUAUAUAUAUCUUUUUUUCUCUGCAUCAGUUUCUAGGGUUUCGAGUUUAUCUACUCAGUCUGCACAAUUAUCCAAAAUCUCUUAUCAUCAUUCUGCAAAUGACGACUGUCCUCUCUCCGGUCUCUCUUUCUCACACCACUUGUGGCUCUCUGCUUCAAGAAUUGCAGAAAAUUUGGGAUGAAAUUGGGGAGGCUGACAAUGAAAGGGACAGGAUGCUUCAGCAACUUGAGGAAGAAUGUCUUGAUAUUUACUGCAGAAAGGUUGAAAUGACUAGGAAGUAUAAAGCUGAUUUGCAUCAAUCAUUGGAUGAUUCGGAAACUGAAAUUUCUGGCCUUGCUUCUGCCCUUGGGGAAAAUGUGUCCUUUUCACGGUUUAAGGGCACACUGAAGCAGCAAAUAUCUACUAUAAAACCUGUCCUGGAAGACUUGAGGUUGAAGAAGCAAGGAAGAAUGAAAGAAUUUUUUGAGAUUCAGUUGCAAAUUUCUGGAAUUUGCACAGAAAUAGCCGGCACUGGUCAUUCUGUGAAUCCUACUGAUCCAAAGGUUAAUGAACAAGAUUUGACAUUGAAGAGAUUGAUGGAGCUUAAGGCACACCUUAAGGAACUUCAAAAUGAAAAGAUUUUACGGUUACAGAAGGUUAACAGCAACAUUAGUAUGAUCCAUGAUCUUUCAGUUGUGAUGUCAAUAGAUUUCUUUGAGACGGUUAAUGAUGUUCAUCCUAGCUUGAUUGAUUCUGCAAAUGGUCAAUCCAAGAGCAUCAGCAAUGACACACUUGCUAGAUUGACAGGUGUGAUACAUUCACUAAAACAGGAUAAGCAACAAAGGCUUCAAAAGCUUCAAGCUCUUGGACACAUGCUGGUAGAACUAUGGGAUCUCAUGGAUAUACCUAUUGAGGACAGAAGAAAAUGGAACCACAUUACUACCUUAAGCUCUUCAUCAGUGAAUGAGGUGUCAAGGCAAGGGUCCCUUGCUCUUGAAGUUAUUGAGCAGACUGAGGUUGAAGUUGCGAGGUUGAAUGCUCUCAAAGCCGGAAAGUUGAAGGAGUUGGUUUUUAAGAGGCAAAAUGAGCUAGAAGAAAUAUACAGAGGAGUUCACAUGGAUGUAGAUAGUGAUGCAGCAAGGCAGAUUCUUAUAAGCGCCAUAGAAUCUGGUAAUGUUGAUCUUUCUGAUCUGCUUUUAAGCAUGGAUGAUCAGAUUAGAAAAGCCAAAGAGCAAGCUCUAAGCCGGAAGGAAAUUUUGGACAAGGUAGAGAAGUGGAAAUAUGCAUCUGAAGAAGAAAAGUGGCUUGAUGAAUAUGAAAAGGAUGAAAAUCGAUAUAGUGCAGGAAGAGGAGCACACAAAAAUCUGAAACGUGCAGAAAAAGCUCGGAUUCUGGUCAGCAAAAUACCAUCUAUUCUUGAAAAUUUGACUGCAAAAGUAAAAGCAUGGGAAUUGGAGAAAGGGAUCCCUUUCUUAUAUGACAAGGCUCCCCUCUUAAACACUUUAGAGGAGUAUGCUGUGCUGAGGCAAGAAAGAGAAGAAGAGAAGCGUCGAUCUCGGGAGCAGAAACGUCAGCAAGAACAAUUUGUUGCUGAGCAAGAGGCACUUUAUGGUUCUAGGCCAAAUGUAAAGAAGCCGUUGGGUCAAAGCAACAGUGCUAACGCCGUGAUCGGAACACCAGUUGGACGCCGUCUGGCGGCUCCAGGCCUUCAUGCAAUCUCUUCGGGCAAGGAACGGAGAGAGAGCAGGGUUCUCAACGUAACACCAAUAAACUAUGUUGCUCUUCCGAAGAAUGAUCCAGCUUCUCGAGGGUAAGCUGUAAGUGUACUUGCUUGUUUAGGAGACCUUAUGCAAAUAAUUCUCAAUUUUUAGGAUGCUUUUUGAUUUUUUUUUGGAAUUUUCCUUUUGAUAUUCUACCCUUUUUCUCUGAAUUUUCUGAUAGUAAAUUACAUUUUCUAUAUGGAUUACCCAGUUA